AAAAAGUCCAAAAUGCACCAGUGCACGGUGUGCUCGAAGCUCUUCCCGCGCCCGAGCGGGCUCGCUACGCACAUGAACUCCCACUCUGGCGCAAAGCCGUACAAGUGCCCCAUACCGACGUGCACGAAGAGCUUCGCGGUGCGGUCGAACGCGAAGCGGCACCUGCGCACGCACGGGAUUUUCCCGUCGGCGGACCACGCGAGCCCGUCGCAGUCGCAGUUCACGGUGGGGUUCGAGACGCCGCUGGUGUCGGAGGUGCACGAGGUGGGGAAGCUGCCGUCGAAACUGCGCUGGGUGCCGCAGAGCCUGGCGACGCGGACG